AUGACUUCAAACUCGACUGAAUCCGUGGAUCCAAAAUCGUACAUGAUGAAAUCUGAAGUGUUUUCUCAUCCAGGAACCGAUCUCGACACCGAAAUGGGCUCCACUGAAGAUGUUCCUGCUGGGGAAGAGUUGAAAAGAAACAUGAAGGGGCGCCAUAUCAAUAUGAUAGCUAUCGCUGGUAUGAUCGGAACGGGUCUGUUUCUGAGUUCCGGGACUACAAUCGCCCAAGCUGGUCCCGCUGGUGCAUGGCUUGCAUACAUUUUCAUGGGAUUUGUAACCGCAGGGGUUAGCUAUACGACUGGAGAAAUCACUGCGUUCAUGCCAGUGACUGGUGGGUUCGUGCGUCAUGCCACGGCAUUUGUUGAGCCUGCUCUAGGAGCCGCGACCGGAUGGAACUUUUGGUACACAAUGGCUAUCUCAGUGCCAGCGGAACUAAGUGCAGCUGCAACACUCAUCCAAUUCUGGGAUUCGACCACAAAUCCAGCGGUUUGGAUUACUGUGUUCUUAGUCGUGAUAGUAUGCCUCAAUUUCUGUGGUGUGCGAAUGUAUGGUGAAUCCGAAGUUAUUUUCGCUUCCAUGAAGAUUGCUCUCAUCAUUGGUUUAAUUAUUGCAGGACUAGUCGUUGAUCUUGGUGGGGGACCAAAAGGUGAACGACUAGGGUUCACUUAUUGGAAAUCCCCCGGGGCAUUCAACGAAUAUCUAGUCAGUGGUAACACAGGGCGAUUCCUAGCGUUCUGGUCCUCUCUCAUUAGCGCUGCCUUCAGUUAUGGCAAUAUUCAAGUGGUGGCACUUUCGGGUACAGAAACAGGAAAUCCCCGAAAGAUAAUCCCAGAAGCUACGAAGAAGACAUUCUUCCGUGUCUUCUUCUUUUACGUUUUGAGCAUCUUGAUAGUAGGAAUGAUUGUUCCAUACGAUAGUGAAGCUCUAUCUGUUUCUACUGGAACAGCUGCCUCAUCUCCAUUUGUUAUUGCUUUCAAAGCCGCUGGAAUCAAGGUUAUGCCUUCUAUAAUCAACGCUGUUGUCUGUACAUCUGCUAUCAGUAGUGGAUCUGCUUGUAUCUUCCUGGCGUCUCGUGCACUCUAUGGACUGAGUGCGGAUGGCCAUGCUCCAAAGAUCUUUAUGAAGUGCAAUCGAUUUGGUACCCCGUGGUAUGCUGUUGGUCUGAGCGUGCUGCCAUCACCUCUUGUGUACAUGGUCGUUAGUAACCAGGCAUCUGUUGUGUUUGGGUGGUUUGUAAACAUUACUACGGUGGCGGGGCUGAUUGGAUGGGUCGUCAUUGAAGUUACAUAUCUCAGGUUUUUCUACGCCUUGAAGCAGCAGGGCAUUUCUCGAGAUCCUUUACCUUACAAGGGCCCCUUUCAACCUUACGUAGCAUGGAUCACGGGAUUCAUGAUCUUUUUGAUUGUGCUUUUCUCCGGAUAUGCUGUAUUUUUCCCAGGAAAUUUCACUGCUUCUGGAUUCUUGACAUAUUAUGUUAAUAUUGCAAUAUUUUUCGUCCUUUAUGUGUUUUUCAAGAUUUUCCUUAAAUCAAAAAUCAUUCCACUAGAGAGCAUAAACUUUGAAGCUGAGCUAGACUCAAUACGCAGAUGGAAGUAUACAUCCGAGCUCAUGAAAGAGGAGCAAAGUCUCGCGAAAAGACUGUGGAAUAAAGUUUUCUAA